UGGCAAGCGUCUUUAUGUGUAUGUAGCGCGCGUGCAUGUUUUUUUUUCGCACGCUGGAGACGAUGCCUUUUGUCUUCGCAGACACACGGAGAUGGCGCAUCAGGGUUUCUUGGCCCCAACAUUGCCCUACAUACAUAAGCUCCGUACAACGUACAACGAGUUUAAUAGCUGCGUGGACUCCAGACGAACAACAUGUAUCGAAGGAUUGCUGUAAUUCUUGUCCUAUGUUACCUGAGUUUCUCACCAACUUGUCGAGCCCUCGAUAUCGAUGAUUGUGGCUCGAAAGUGGGAAAAUUUACGUCUGUGACUCUGGACUGUGAUAUGAAUAAAUCUGUAUGUGAUUUAAUACCAAAUACAAAUGCGACAAUUAAUAUCGAUUUUACAGUUGAUAAAGAUGUUUCAAAAGUUAAUGCAGUUGUGCAUGGUAUUGUGAUGGAUGUUCCUAUACCUUUUCCAUUGCCAAAUGCAGAUGCUUGUCAAACUCCUGAUUCUGGCAUUAAAUGUCCCUUAAAGAAGGGCGAUGCCACAUUUCACUAUAAAAAUACGUUACUGGUGCUAAAAUCCUAUCCUAAGGUCAGUGUUACUGUAAAGUGGCAACUCAAAGAUGAGAACAAUGAAGAUAUUAUUUGCAUAUUAAUUCCGGCACGAAUCAAAUAGGUAAUAUUAAUCCAGAAUCUAUUGUAAUUCUAGUUUUGAAGAAAAAUAUACACAUUACAAAAGUUGUAUGAAAUAUAUAUAAAAUAUAAGAGUAAAAAAUUUAA